AUGGGAAGAAGAGGAAAAAGAAUUAACCCCAAGGGUUGGAAUGGAUACAAUGGAAGAAAAACAGCCCCCAAUUAUAUAUGGCGGCCCUGUAUACCAUCAUGGGAAAGAGAGUUUACUAGGAAAGUUGGAAAUAUCAAGUGGGAUGAUUUUGUAGAAAAGAAGAAGGCCAUUUCAAUUUACAGCAAUAUCUUGGAAUGGAAGGAUUCAGCUUGUGAAGAGGCAUUCCAGGCUGCCAAAAGAAGGUUUCGGGAUGAGUAUAAUGGUUACGAAUCUGAGUUCUUAUUGCCUGAUCAAGGAAUUGACUUAGAGGAAAACAUUGAUUUGAAACCACAUGAGAAUAACGUAGAUGAAGAACCAUUGUUGUCUAUAUCUCAAGUAGCAGACAACGACUCGGAGUAUGAAGUUAUGCCUUCCCGCCCAAUAGCGCUCGAAGAGAUUAUACCUACCGGGUGGGAUGUGGAUAUUUAUCAAACACCCACUUCGCUAACUGGCUGGAUUGUGGGGGAUGAUAAUAAUUAG